AUGCAUUCAGUUGUGUACGACAAGCGAAGCGACAGCGGCUUUGCAUUCAAGAAAGACGUCGCGACCCCAAAGCCAGGAUCCAAGCUGAUCAUUCUGAGGGUGCUGGCAGCCUCUAUCAACCCGAUCGACUACAAGCUUCCCGCGAUCCCGGGCUCAGGGGUGGAGGGCAAGGGGGUAGGGAUUGACGUGAGUGGAGAGGUGGUACACGCACCUCAGGGGUCAGGGUUCCAGGUGGGCGACCAAGUCUUCGGCUACUCGCAGAGUGGAAGUCUGUCGGAGUUCUGCGAAUGUGUUCCUAGCAAGGUCGCCAAGAAGCCCCAGCAGCUCUCUCACAUCGAGGCCGCCAUGCUCGGAACCGCAGCUGGCACUUCCCUGCAGUGCCUUAGAGACUGCGGGAAAGUGACAGCAGGAGAUCGAGUCCUCAUCAUCGGCGGGAGCGGCGGUUGCGGCACUGCGGGCAUUCAGAUCGCCAAGGCGAUGGGCUGCCAUGUGUCCACCAUCUGCUCCACUAAGAACGCCGACCUCGUGAAGUCGCUCGGUGCAGACUUUGUGCACAACUACGACACUUCCCAAGGCCCUGUCCCCAAACUGCAGAGCGAGGACGAGAAGUUCGACUGCAUCUACGACACUGUCUCUAGCCCCGAACCCCACGACACCGACUAUGAGCCCCUCGCUCGCCCUCUCCUCCGCGAGAAGCCCAAGAGGCCCAUGUACGUCGGCAUCAAUGGCGCCAUCGUUGACUGGAUUCGUGCCUUGGCUAGCAAGGUGCUGCCGUUCAACAUCGAGCGCACGGCUUACAAGCUACACAUGCUCAACCACUCGGCGGAAGACCUCGCGGUCCUAGCGGACAUGUGCGUGCAAGGAAAGCUCCGAUCGGUGAGGGGGAGGCUUUUGAAAUUAGGAUCUGAAGAAUCGGUCAAGAGUGCGUUCGAUACUCUCAAGAGCAGGAGAACGACGGGAAAGCUUGUCUUCGGAGCCUCCGAUGAAGUUUGGGAGGACUAUCUCAAGACGUGCAAGAAAUAG